CAUAUGCAUGCUUAGCGUUGUAAGUGGUGGAAGCUGUCACAUAACUAUUAGUCCUAAAUGGUAAUCUAAAAAUCAAUAUAACAAUUGAAGUGCUUUCUUAUACAUAUUUGUGAAGACAUCCAUAAAAUAAGGAAUAAAUAAAUACUUAGACGAAUGUAACUUCGUUACAUACAAUUUUUCCAAGUGCAGUACCAAAUAGGAAAAUAAUGAAUCAAGAAACCGUUAACCCUUUCGGGUAUGAACAAUCGGGAAGCUAUGAAUAUAUUCAGCGUGAAGGGAUGACGGCAAUAUCUUCAACUGCGGGUAACGUUUUGCAACAACCACUAGGAACGGAAGCCCGUCCACGAGUUGAUAUCGAUGCCUCAGGAGAAGUAGAUCCAACGAUGUAUCCAGAGCCGAAAGAAGGAACGAAAAAAAUUAGAGGUCAUGCCGAUGUCUUAGAAAUGUUUUGCGGAACGACCGAGAAGGAACUUAUUCCAGUGAAGAGUUUUUAUUUUUUUUUCUAUGCAGCUUUCGGAUCUUUAUUUCCCUUAAUGGGAGUAUAUUUUAAGCAAAUGGGAAUGAAUCCUGGACAGUGUGGAAUAUUAAUUGGAAUGAGGCCAUUUGUGGAGUUUUUAUCAGCGCCAUUUUGGGGUUCUUACGCGGAUAGGUGUCGUCAGGGAAAAAGGCUAUUGUUAGCGUCACUGUCCUGCUGGAUACUCUUCACCAUACCAUUAAGCUUCAUCAAACCAGAAGCAGUAAAAUGCAUUGAAAGAAAUCAUUCAGAUUAUAUUUUGACAUACGCUAGAGCAAAAAGAGACGUUAACUAUUUUUCGCCUAUUUCUGUACCUUUAAACCUAAGACCGGAAGUGGAGUCCAUUGAUUUUAUAGAAAGUUGCCACAGCAGACGAAAACGUUCCUUGUUUCCACGCAUCGAUGCUGGUAUAUCGCCAAUUCAUAUAAAUUUUGUGAGCAAUUAUGACGAUAAGCAACAUGGUGACUAUGUGAGUCCUAUAUUUUCAAGCAUGGUGUAUAGAACUCCGGAUAUACAGAAAGCUUUUUUUCUUCUGCUACUGGUUAUUUUAAUUGGCGAGUUUUUCAGUGCGCCGGCGAUAACAUUAGCUGACUCAGCCGUCAUCACCCUUUUGGGUGAGGAUGCCGACAAAUAUGGACACCAACGAAUGUUUGGAUCCUUCGGUUGGGGGAUAUCAAUGUUUUUCGUCGGUAUUGUGUUAGAUCAUUCGACUUCAUUUUCCCAUCACCCUUGCGGUGCUGGUCAUAUGGAAAAGAAUUAUAAUGUUUGUUUUGGAAUUUUUUCAAUUUUGAUGACCUGUGCUAUUAUAUCGGCAUCAAAAAUAACAUUUAAGUAUGACCCAGUUGGAGUUGAUCCAGAAUCAUCAGAAGACAUCAUAGAUCCAAACACAAAGGCUGAAGAAGAGUCUAUGAAUCAAUUAGCUACCCAAUUAAAUUUGCCCUCACUGGUAGUUGGAUCAGCUUCAGCAACUGCCAGGAGUACAAAGUCGUUAUCUAAUACACAGCCUAACAUAGGUGCGGAAUCGAAAAUGUUCGCUCAAACUACAAAAGAAAUGCCUGAAUGGAUGACGGUAUUAACACAUUUUAAGGAUCUUAAAACUUGCGCCUUCUUAUUCGUUGCUUGGUUUAUGGGCUUCGGAAUUGGAUUAAUAUUUACCUUUUUGUUCUGGCACUUGCAAGAUUAUGGAGGUACCCCAACGCUUUUCGGAGUUGCUUCUGUAAUCAAUCAUGUUUCAGAAAUAUUUGCAUAUUUCUUCAGUUUCCGAUUAAUCACACAAAUUGGACAUGUAAAAGUCUUAUGUUUGGGUCUUAUUGGAAAUGUGAUACGAUUUCUGUAUAUAUCUUAUUUAAGAAACCCAUGGAUGGUUUUACCUUUCGAGCUUAUGCAAGGAAUAACACAUGCUGCUGUAUGGGCUGCGUCAUGCUCAUACAUUGCUCAUAUUACCCCAAAGCAAUUAAGAGCCUCAGCUCAAGGUGUUUUACAAGGCAUUCAUCACGGCUUGGGUCGAGGAUGUGGUGCUAUAAUAGGAGGUAUGUUCGUGACAUAUUAUGGAACAACAGCAACAUUUCGUUGGUACGGUGUAAGUUGCCUGUUCGUGCUGGGUUUCUUCGUGUUUGUUAACUUUUACCGAAAAGAGCAAGGAUUUAUUUCUGAUAUACCUGCUACAGAGGAUCCCCACCAGGUUGCUGAGGAAACUUCACAUUUAGCUCCACAUGGUGUUCCCAGUAAUCCUAUUCCUCGCGCACUGUCAAACACACGCCUAAAUGAAAUUAAUCCUAAUGGAUCUUCAGGCAACAGUUAUGGAACUUAUCAAACCGUAGGCGGCAAUUUAGAUAUUCCAGGCGGUAAUCCUUUUAUGCAAUAAAAUCAAAUCAAUUGAAAUUGUAUAAAUUAAUGGUUAAUGCUUUGUUAAGUUAUUUUCAAUAGCUUUAAGAUGUAUUCAUAACUUAUAUAACAUAAGUUUAUCUCACCAGAGUAUGUUUAUUACAUAAAUAUAAACUUGACUAACCUGACUGUAUACUUAUGUCCAUGCAUGUAAACUUAUAUUACAACGCUACUUAAAGCAACACACUUUAAUAGAUUUAAUAAUAUAAAUUUGUUACUGUGCACUUACAUUAUAAUAUAUAAUACUGUUUACGAAUUUUAAUUAAAUUAGCUUAUUCAAAGCAAAUACUUUAUAUUGAGUAAAGAUAAAGGAAGGUCUGAUUCCAUGACUCUGAAAAACGCAAAUAUCGGCAUUUGGACGUUGUCUCCCUUUCAAACCAUUGAUAUCUUCUUCGAACCCACAGACAGCCUUCGAAUACAAUAAGACGUCUUUGCAAUGGCUUCGGAAAAUUAACUUCAUUUAUUUGCCAACGAAAAGAAAAGGAAACUAUUGCACAAAAGUUUAUGUUGCUUCAAAAUAAGUAAAUCACGAGGAAGUUCAUAACUAAAACAUAUACUUUACUACGAGAGGAGGAAAGAAAAAAACCAUCAGGUGUUAGUACUCGGUCUGGCUGUUCGACCGUGAUGUCAGCGCUUUCAAUCCUAACUAUGAAGUUUGCGUCUAACUAUGAUCGUAGUUGGCUUGUUUAUCCGUAUCUCUGCGUUUGACUGCUGUUGAACAAAAAGAUCGCUGUUUUAAUCGGGCGCUACUUUUAUAGCUCCCGACAGCUUUAUUAACAGCCCAUCACUGCGUUUUGUUUACAGUAAAUGUGUAUGUAUUAAUGGCACGUUAGCCUAGCUUAACCAACAUCGUGUAUUCUUAA